UCCUGCAGGCAGAGCCCAGCCUGGGGGUGCGAGGGGGGAGCCGGGAAGGAGUAGCUAAAGCCAAAUAGAAAGAAAGAAAGGCUGGGAGAAAAAGGGCGUUGCUUGGAUGGGGCUCUCCUUUCCACUCCCCUUUCUCAGGUCCCCAGCACCAGUGCAAGGCGCCUGCUUCCCCCCUUCAUCGCCGCCGCCGCUGCUGCUGCUCUCUUGCAGAACUGGAAUUGGCUGGGAUUAUUUAGCAAAAAGAAGAAGAAGGAGAAGAAGGAGAAGGGAUCAGAGCAGCCGCCAGGGAGAGGGCGAUAGAGUCCACUUUCUUCCAACUGCCCUAGGUCUCCUUCCCUCACUCUCUCCUCUUUAGCAACACCAAGAGCCCCACACUGAACCCAGAGCAGCUUUUUCCAUCAUUUCAGUUCCCUUCCCUCCUUCUGUCUCACACACAGCAAGAGGAGAGCCCCUUCCUUCUCUUGCCUUCCCUUUGCAUGCUCAGCCUCUUGUUUCCUUUAAAGCACGAGAAAUCCCCCUUCUUGCCCCCGCUCCUGCAGGCAGGCGGGGAUUGCAAUGGGAGCGUUGCAGAUUGCUGGAUUGUGCAUGCUUACCCUUCUGCUCCACUCUGGAAUCACGCUGGCAAAUAAAGCCAGUCAAGAUGUGGACGAGUGCGUGGAGGGCACUGACAGCUGUCACAUUGAUGCCAUCUGCCAGAACACACCCAAGUCCUACAAGUGCAUCUGCAAGUCUGGCUACACCGGUGAUGGGAAGCACUGUAAAGAUGUGGAUGAGUGUGAGCGGGAGGACAACGCAGGCUGCGUCCACGAGUGUGUCAACAUCCCUGGGAACUACCGCUGCACCUGCUACGAUGGCUUCCGCCUGGCACACGACGGCCACAACUGCCUGGACCUGGAUGAGUGCUCAGAGGGCAACGGCGGCUGCCAGCAGACCUGCGUCAACAUGAUGGGCAGCUACGAGUGCUUCUGCCGGGAGGGCUUCUUCCUCAGUGACAACCAGCACACGUGCAUCCAGCGCCCUGAAGAAGGAAUGAACUGCAUGAACAAGAACCACGGCUGUGCCCACAUCUGCAGAGAGACCCCCAAGGGGGGCAUCGCCUGCGAGUGCCGCCCGGGCUUUGAGCUCACCAAGAACCAACGUGACUGCAAACUGACGUGCAACUACGGGAACGGCGGCUGCCAGCACACCUGUGAUGACACGGACCAGGGUCCCAAAUGUGGCUGCCACGUCAAGUUCUUGCUGCACUCUGACGGCGUCACCUGCAUAGGGGAGAGACACUUCCAGCAACACGUUAUCCUUGAGACGUUUUCUAAUGAGACCUGUGCUGUGAACAACGGAGGCUGUGACAGCAAGUGUCACGACGCGGCCACCGGCGUGCACUGCAGCUGCCCCAUGGGCUUCAUGCUGCAGCCCGACAGGAAGACCUGCAAAGACAUCGACGAGUGCCGGCUCAACAACGGCGGCUGCGACCACAUCUGCAGGAACACGGUGGGCAGCUUCGAGUGCAGCUGCAAGAAGGGCUACAAACUGCUCAUCAACGAGAGGAACUGCCAAGAUAUCGACGAGUGCUCCUUCGACCGGACCUGCGACCACCUCUGCAUCAACACCCCUGGGAGUUUCCAGUGCCUCUGCAACAAGGGCUACACGCUGUAUGGGCUCACCCACUGUGGAGAUGUUGAUGAAUGCAGCAUCAACCGUGGGGGCUGCAAAUUUGGCUGCAUCAACACACCUGGCAGCUACCAGUGUACCUGUCCUGCUGGCUGCAAGCUGCACUGGAACAAAAAGGACUGCAUAGCCGGUGCAUGUCCCUCAGAGCUGGUGAAAUGCCUGGCAGGUUCGGUUCCACCACGGGCCACUCUCACCUGCAACAAGACGGGCAAGAAGGACAGCUGUGCCCUUACCUGCUCCUCCAAGGCUCGUUUCCAGCCAGAGUCUGACAGCAGCUACACGGUGAGCUGCGGGACGCCGGUGCUGCGUCAGGGCAGCCAGCACAGAGCAGCCAACAGCAGCCAGCAGUGCCUCGAGACUGUCGCUGCCCCAAUCAAGCAGAAGGCUUCCUUCAAGAUCAAGGAUGCCAAGUGCCACCUGCACCCGCGGGCAAAGAGCAAGCAGGAUGAGGCGGGGAAGGCUGGAGCACAAGGCGGUGCUGCACCCUGCUCCGACUGCCAGGUGGCCUUUGUCAACCUCAAGUGUGACUCAUCCAAGAAGGGGAAGGGCCGCCGGGCGCGAAACUCCUCCGGCAAGGAGGUGACACGCAUCACACUGGAGUUCGAGGCGGAGAUCAAACCAGAGGAGACCACAGCCAGCUGCAACCUGCACUGCCUGCGACAGAAAGUGGAGAAAAAGCUCAAAUCAGCCAUCAAAGCCCUGAAGAAAUCCAUCAACCAGGAGCGGUUCCUGCUGCGCUUUGCUGGGAUGGAGUACGAGGUGGCAAGGAAGCUGAGCGUGGCCCCGGAACGGCAGGAGAGCUGCGGGCCGGGCCAGCAGCGCCUGGGCACCAAGUGUGUUAGCUGCUCGCAGGGAACCUAUUACCAUGGGCAGACGGAGCAGUGCGUCCCCUGCCCCUCUGGCACCUACCAGGAGAAGGAAGGGCAGCUCUCCUGUGACCUGUGUCCCCGCAGCGAUGCGUUCGGCCCCGUGGGAGCCACCAACAUCACCGGCUGCACAGGUCAGUGCCCCCCUGGGCAGCAUUCCACCGAUGGCUUCAAGCCCUGCCAGCCGUGCCCACGUGGCUCCUACCAGCCCGAGGUGGGGCGGGCGCUCUGCUUCCCCUGCGGCGGGGGGCUGACAACCCGGCACGAGGGAGCCCUCUCCUUCCAGGACUGUGACACCAAAGUCCAGUGCUCACCUGGGCACUACUACAACACCAGCGUGCACCGCUGCAUCCGCUGCGCCGUGGGCACCUACCAGCCUGACUUCAGGCAGAACUACUGCAUUGCCUGUCCUGGAAACACCACCACCGACUUCGACGGCUCCACCUCCGUGUCCCAGUGCAAAAAUCGCCAGUGCGGAGGCGAGCUGGGCGAGUACACGGGUUACAUUGAGUCCCCCAACUACCCGGGGAAUUACCCUGCCAAUGUCGAGUGCACAUGGAACAUCAACCCACCGCCCAAGAGGAAGAUCCUCAUCGUGGUGCCAGAGAUCUUCCUGCCCUCUGAGGAUGAGUGCGGGGACGUCUUGGUGAUGCGGAAAAACUCCUCCCCAUCUUCCAUCACUACCUAUGAGACGUGCCAGACCUAUGAGAGACCCAUCGCCUUCACCGCCCGCUCUCGCAAACUCUGGAUCAACUUCAAAACCAGCGAGGCCAACAGCGCCCGGGGCUUCCAGAUCCCCUAUGUCACCUAUGAUGAGGACUAUGAGCAGCUGGUGGAGGACAUCGUGCGGGACGGCAGGCUGUACGCCUCCGAAAACCACCAGGAGAUCCUCAAGGAUAAGAAGCUGAUCAAAGCGUUCUUCGACGUGCUGGCACACCCCCAGAACUACUUCAAAUACACGGAGAAGCACAAGGAGAUGCUGCCCCGCUCCUUCAUCAAGCUGCUCCGCUCCAAAGUCUCCAGCUUCCUGCGGCCCUACAAAUAGCGCCCUGACACCCCGGGCCGCCCGGCCACCAAGGAAACCCUCUCCUCCCUCUCUUCUUAUUUCAGUUUUCCUCCUUCCUCCUGCCUGGCUCCGGCAGGACCGCCGCCUCCCGUCCCACACACAGCUCCGGUCUCACCCUGAUCUCACCCAGCGAUGCCAUUCCUCUCUUCUGCAGCAGCUUCUUCACCCCCAUCCGUUUCCUUCCCACCUCUGUGCCGGCUCUGUCCCAUCCCUUGAUGCCACCCAGGCACCCGCAGCCCCCCCAGGGCUCAUCUCCUGCCCCAUCCCAGGGCAGCACCGGAGGUGACGCCGCGUUUUGCGCAGCGCACGGAGCUCAGCUAUCAGCCCAGCUUUGCGGAGGAGCCUGGGGGGGGGAGGGGGGGAAGAAAACCAAACCAAGCGUAACGCCAACUUUGUUAAAAAUAACCACGAUAAGGAAAAAAGAAAGGACAGAAUGGGACAGCACGGUGGCACUGGUGGCCGUCCUGCUGGAGAGCCGUGCUGGCACCUGGCACUGGAGGAAGGCAUGGAGAACAACGUGUGGCUGCAUGGGAGAGAUGGAGCGAUCAAGGAGGACUUCAGCCGGGCGCGUUCUUCCCCCCUCCUCCCCCCACGGACAUUUGUGCCAAGGAACCAGACUUCCUUCCAAGCUCUGCCAAAGAGUAACUCGUCGACAGAAAGCAAGCUUUGUGAAGAGCAGGAGUCAACGUUUGUGCACUAGGAUAUCCUCCUUUCUACCUUUUUCAUAUGUAUUAAGUGCAAUCAUUUGAGUCUUCUUUAUAUUAUUUAGAGGGAAGUUGUUUUUUUUUGUUGUUGGUUUUGUUUUUUUUUUUUUUUCUACUAGAAACUACAAUAUUUAUACCUGCCUGAGAAAUGAGAAUGUGUGUCUGUCACAAAAAAAGAACAAAACAACAGAACAACAAACCAAGCCCAGCCCUGGGAUGCUGGUGACAAAUGCAAUGGUGUUUUCUGGCCUUGGAACCUUUUCUGCUGCAUGUUUUCCCUGUAGCAACCUGCUUUGGUGGAAGGCUGCACAUCUCCUCUGCGGGAAAGCAGAGCUUGGCCAUGAUGGGGUGAGUUGUACUGGGUUUUAAGGCACUUCUGUCCACUCACAGUGGAUCCAUCACUUCUACUGGGGCUGUCUGUAAUGCUGGCAGGGUCGGUGCUGUAUGCUUUCAGGCUGGUUGAGCUCCUUGGCUCGUGCUGCUCCGUCCCACUGCACCCAAUCCUCCCAUCCUGGGAGAGAAAUUGCUCCAUGUAUCCCCCCGAUGGCCCAGGCAGAGCCCUGGUUUGGUCCAUGCCCCCCUCAGUCUGUGCUGCUCGCUCACCCCAACAACUGGGCUCUGCUGGGGCGCUGGGAUGGGUUGUAAUGUGCAGGGAUGCGUCCCCAAGACGUGGGGGGUUGGAAAAGGCUGCACUGAUUCAUCACAGCUGUGGGCUUCUCUCUCCUGCCGCCCGGCUCGCAGCCUGGCUGGAAGCAGCUGGGGGCUGAGCUGUUUGUCGCUCGGUUUGGUGUCUGAGAGCAGCUGCUUUGAUGCACAAAAGCCGUUGUAGGGAUUCGGAGGGUUGGUUUUUUGUUGUGUUUUUUAAUCGCUCUGGGGCAGCCACAGCAGAGCAAUGGCCACCAAAAGGGUCUUUCGUAUUUAGGAAAAAAA